AUGGGGAAACAAAAUUUUAAAGAAAUCAAACCAAAAGCCAUUGUCAUUGCUUCUGGUCAUUGGGAAACUACAGACGAGAUUAGAGGUUUCUUUAGUUCGAUUGUCAUUUCCACUUUGAAAAAAGGGACAGAUUGUCAUGGUUAUGUAACGGAUUGUAAAAGUAAUGUAAUGUUUGAUAGAGGCAUGAAAAAUUGUAGUGGUACUUGUAUGGUAUCAGAACGUCAUAAUAUACCAAGCGAACAUUCGUACUGUCCUCAUAUGUCAAUUCUUGGUAAAGAUAAUAAAAUCCGUGACAAAUCCGUCGAAAAUGUCAAUAAAAGUGGCUGUUUCAAAGUUAGUGGGGAUUCUAUUAACUUUAAACUCAAGGAAAUAGAUUGUCCUGAAAAGCUUCCAGAACUAUGUAGUGAUCCUAAAUAA